AUGACAUCUGAAAGUGCUGUGAAAGAGGUGGUCAAUGUUGUUGAAAAAAACGACAUUGUUUCUAAGGAUCCCAAGAUUGAAAAUGCGUUGCAAGAUCUCACCAAGAAAAGAAAAGCAGAGGACGAAAUCGAAAUCGACUUGAAUCAAACUGUCCCACUAUCCAAGAAGCAGAAAAGACUUUUGAGAAGAGGGAAAGUGACUUUGGAAGAACUUAACGAGAAAUUCAAUUUGGACCCAUCGUCUGUGAACGAAUACAAGAAGGAAGCGGCUGGGGGCUCAACGGGAGACAAGGAAGGUUCUGAAACACCAGACAACAAAGAAGAAGAGGUGGAACAGGGCUCAAAGGCCGCCAAGGAUAAGAAAUUCGGUGUGUGGAUUGGUAACUUGUCGUUUGACACUUCCAAAGAAGACCUAUCGCGCUUCUUCAUCGCCAAGACUCGUGAACUGGAAGAUGAAGAGGCCAGAAUUCAGGAAAAAGACAUUGUUCGAAUCAAUCUUCCAUUGGCUCAAAAUGACGGGAAACAGAUCAAAAACAAGGGCUUUGCUCACAUGAAUUUCAAGACCGAACAACAGAUGCAAGCGGUAAUCUCGUUAAGCGAGUCGCACCUCAACGGAAGAAACAUGCUGAUAAAAAGUUCUCAGUCUUUCGAAGGUCGUCCUGACAAAGACGACUUGAUAUCACGUUCCAAGAACCCACCAUCGCGCGUUCUAUUUGUAGGCAAUUUAUCGUUCGACACCACCGACGAACUCUUGAAAAAACAUUUUCAACAUUGCGGUGAAAUUGUCAAGGUCAGGAUGGCUACUUUCCAGGACACCGGUAAAUGUAAAGGUUUUGCUUUCCUGGACUUCAAAAAUGAAGAGGGCCCCACUGCUGCACUUAAGGACAAAAGCUGUCGCAAGAUCGCUGGAAGACCGUUGAGGAUGGAAUUCGGUGAAGACAGAAGCAAGCGUCAAGUAAAGAGAAGAGAACCUUCGACCGAGCCCUCGCUGCGCGAGAAAACCCCUCCAACAUCCUCAAUGGCUGCUGCAGCUCCUCCUAUUAGAGAGAGGAAACCUGUGAAACCUGCAAAAUCUACUCAAAGAACUAAGGACUCUUAUCAAAAGGACAAGAACAAUCGUACCAAGAGUAGUAUCGCGCUAGCUGGAGCCCAAAGAGCUUCUGCUGCCAUUGUCCCUUCCCGGGGUAAAAAGAUCACCUUUUGA